AUGUUCGCUUUAUCAUUUGUGCGCGGAACGCUGCCAAAAAUGUUUCAGCCAAAGGAAUGGGAACUUUUUACUGGUCUCAUAUUGGAUGAGCCUCAAGCAGCCAGUGGUGGAAUAUCCUGGAUAGACGAAAGUAGAUAUACAGCCGUAUCAAAGCUUCAGCCUCAAGCAGCCAGUGGUGGAAUAUCCUGGAUAGACGAAAGUAGAUAUACAGCCGUAUCAAAACUUCAGGCACACCUUCCCACUCUCUACAAUAACCUCCAACUUUCCGAUCAAGGCACAUGGAGCGAAUUUAGUCGAGCAGUCGAUUGCGAGAAUGCAGUUCCUUCCGCUAUCGAGGCGAAAAUCACUCCCUUUCAAAAGGUGCUGCUCAUUCAAGCCGUUCGACCCGAUCGCCUUUACGCAGCCAUGCAGAAUUUUGUCCUGAAGACGUUGGGCAAGUUUAUCGUUUUGGUUUUUUAUCUCGUACAAUUGGAACUGGAGGAACUAGCUGCAAAAACAAUAGGUUCGCAUAACUACAUAUCCAUCUCAAUGGGUCAGGGUCAAGAACAAGCAACAAUAGAUGGGAUUAGGAGAGCAUCCACUGAGGGACAAUGGCUAUGCUUAAAUAACGUGCACUUGAUGCUUAGUAUAAUUCCAACUAUACAAAAAGAACUAGCCUCAACUACGCUUCACGAAAACUUCCGCUUGUGGAUGACUACCGAAGAGGAGAGGAAAUUUCCAGCAGUAAUGCUACAACGCAGUCUGAAAGAACUAACCUCAACCACGCUUCACGAAAAUUUCCGCUUGUGGAUGACUACUGAAGAGGAGGGAAAAUUUCCAACAGUAAUGCUGCAACGCAGUCUGAAAGUAACCUUUGAGCCGCCACCUGGCCUCCGAAACAAUCUUCUUCGAACGUAUUCUCAAAUAGACGAGGCCAGACGCUCAGCUCUUACACUACAGGCUAUUUUUGUCUUAGCCUGGCUACAUGCGCUGCUGCAAGAGAGGCGUACUUUCAUUCCACAGGCAUGGACGAAAUUCUACGAGUUCAGCAAUUCUGAUGUACGAGUCGCUCGUGUUUUUGUGGAAACAUUCAUCAAAGAAUCCAAAGCUGACUGGGAGUUUAUAAGAGGUUUGCUGAUGUUCGUCAUUUACGGUGGACGCAUAGAGAAUGUUUUUGAUAGCCAAGUGCUGGAAUCCUACCUCAUCACGUUUUUCACUUCUGAGAAAGUUACUGGGCGUUCUGGGCAACUUUUGGCGAAAGGCAUCGAACUUCCUGCAAUGGCUAGUAUUCAGGAGUUUCGAAAGUUCAUUACUACUGCCAUUCCUGCAGAAGACGAUCCAAGUCUGUUUGGGCUUCCAGUAAACAUCAAGUUCUCAUGGGAGUUGACAGAAGCGGAGAACACUAUAGCAAGAAUACGAACUGCAGUGAAAACCACUACUGGACACGAUCGCAACAGUUGGGCGCAGGCCUGCACGCCAAUACUGCAGCUUUGGAAAAGACUGUGCCAAGGCAAUGAUCUUCAUAGCAGACAGCUGCCAAACCCGAAGGAGUCUUCAGACCCAAUAACAGAGGUUGUAUCUUUAGAGUUCAUUCAUGCAAUAAAACUCGUACAAAAAAUCCACGCAAGCCUCACCCUAGUAAAUAAGAGCGUAAAGGGCACAGUAACCCCGGACAAGGUCACGCUUGAAGUAAUCAACAGCCUACAGUUACAUCAGACUCCUGAUACGUGGUGCGAUCUAUGGCUGGGUCCGCGAGAACCAGCGGAGUAUUUAUCGACACUCAUUUAUAAGGUGGAUGAUUAUCAGGCACCUGAAAUCUACGGUUUACCUAUAGAGUGUAAACAAUUCCAGGCUAAGUCCGUACAAGAACUUGUUUCCCGUUCUGAACAACCUGAUUUUUUGAAAACGCCUCUAAACUUUUCACAAUUAUUUCGGCCUGGUCGUCUUCUCAAUGCUCUCCGACAAGUUACAGCCAGAACGAAAGGUUGUACUAUGGACGAUCUUCGACUAAGUUCUGCAUGGGAAUCCUCAUAUUUUGGUGAUGAUAUCGCAGUGCAAGUUAAGGGUAUUUUACUACAAGGAGCUUUGUUUGAUGGACAAUUAAGAAGUACGCUAGCCAGUAGCCCACCAGUUACCAACGCUCCACAACUUACACUCGGUUGGACGCAAGUUGGUUCUCCCAAUGUUUAUAACAAACAAGAAUGUAUCUCUGUACCACUUUACACUGACGCAUCACGAAGUGAACUUAUUGCGACGGUGCAGAUGAAAUGCAGUGAUGUUCAUAGAUGGAAUAUUGCAUCUGUAGCAUUGUUCUUACGAUAA